GGAGUGAACAGUCUGCAGCACACACUCGCGUACUCACACACUCGCGCACUCACACACUCACACUCGCGUACUCUCACACUCACACUCGCGUACUCACAAAAGCCCACUGCACAUGCAACUCAUAGACACGCAUAAUUCACAUGCUGUGGAGGACGAGCACCAUCAUUUACAGCCGCGGAGCACAACCCCUGUCUCGGAAUACUCCUGACCACACUGUUUAACGUGAAGGUCAAAGAUCACUGCGUGAGGAUUUACAGAGCUGGUCAGAGCGUGUUUGGACCCCCAGAGCGUGUCUGGACCCCCAGGCAGCUUUAGGACUUCCUGUCUCUCAGUAUGGUGCCCGUGGCUCCCCCUAGCAGUGCCUUAUGAUGCACAGAUGGAUUGUGGGAAGGAAAAGGCCAGACCUGCUGCUGUUGGGACUCUGCAUCAGAGUGUUGCUGUGGAUUUGUGGGCUGGACGCGACUUUAGCUGACCACUCAGCUCUGUGCAACUGCUCCAAGCACGAGCGCUACACGCGCAACUACGACUACAUGGAGGGGGGCGACGUGCGGACCCGCCGGCUCUACAGCCGCACGCAGUGGUUCCUCACUAUAGACGAGUACGGCAACAUCAACGGCACGCAGGACCCCAACAACUGCUACAGUAUUCUGGAGAUUCGGACGGUGUCAGAGGGAGGCAUUCUGGCCAUUAAAGGGGUGAAGAGUCAGUAUUAUAUUUCUAUGAGCCGUGGUGGACUUCUACAGGGAAAGAAAGACUACAGCGACAGCUGCAACUUUAAGGAGGUGUUUUUGGAAAACUUCUACACGGCCUACUUGUCUGACAAAUGGACUAAAACCGGGAAGGAGAUGUUCAUCUCCCUGUCGCAGAAGGGCCGGCCGCUGAAGGCAAAAAAAACACGCAAAGAGAUCAUCGCUUCGCACUUCAUCCCACGCAAGUGCAAAGAGGACGACAAGACGUCAGCCUGACACACACACACACACCCAAACCCUCCUCCACAAUCCGUCCAAAACCUUCACACACAGUUCCCGCACGGCCUGCUGCUCCGCCUCUGCAGCGCCUACUUUGCUCACCUGGACUGAGCACAGCGUGUU